AUGGGAGUCUCCAGCACCGCUCGGCUACCCUCGCUCGGUGCGCAAUCCAUCCCACCACUCUUCAGCCACCUUCAACACUCCUCCAACGCCAAAGUAGUAGCACGCUGGAGCAUCACCAUCCGCUCCUUCCGCGCAGUACCCGUCCCGACAAACGCUUGGCCGUCACCAAACCAGUACGACUCGAACUUCUCACUCACAUCUCUCGACGACGAUCCUUCCUCGAGCAACGUUCCGAAUGCAGCCUCCGCUUCGACCUCCUCGGCUGCUGCCGGGGGUAGUACACUUGGCUUGGGCGGAGGUGCAGGAUCGUCUGCAUCAGGUGCACCUCCACUGACCAAGCCAAGGACAAUGUGGCAGGUACAGCUGUCUGAUCAUCCUGGAGUCGUGUUCGUGGUCGUCGAAGAUACCGGAAGGGCUUCUCGGGCGAAGGUGUGGCGCGAUUGGGAGCUGUCAACGAAGAAAUGGAGGAAGCAGAAGCGCCGGGAGAUCGCGGCGAGGCGCAAGAAGGAGGAGCAGACCGAGGCUGAAAAGCCAACCAUGCAAGGUGAAAACGGCAACAGCAUUGUAGCUGAGGAGAGGGCUGACAAGAUUGAAACUGAGGCAUCCGGAGUGCCCAUGGACGAAGAUGCACCUUCCUCACUCGACCCACAAGGCGAUGCUAGAAUAGAUGCCGUCUCGACAGAGUCGCAAUUGCCCUCAGGUCCGUCUGCUGACAGCCAACCAUCGGAAGCGCCUGCACCUGCGGGGGAGCAAACCGAGCAAGAGUCCGUCGAGCCAGCCGGUCCCAAACCAAAGCUCCGCCUACCUUCUCACACGCGCUACACAGUCUCAGCAAUCACCUCAUCCAUGGCUGCCAUGCUCUCCGGCCUCAACCUUCCGCCCCCGCACGGUGCACCGGUCGGAACAGCCGGUCCAGGCGCUUGGGUGCCUCGCGGAGCUGCCGUAUCCAUUGAAGGUCUGGUGCUCGAGAUCAACAGUCAAAGCCUCAACGCUCUCCCCGGCAUCUCACCUGCCCUUGCGUCGCUGUCCAACACCGACGACGCGGGCGUGGCUGGAAGCAGCGGCGGAGUAGACUGGCGAGUCAGAGUCGGCAGCGUUGUCGGCGGUGGACGUCGAAGUGCAGGAGCUAUCGUCGAGGCGGAGUUUCUGCCGGCAUCGACGAUCUCGCCGACAUCCAAGUUUAUGAAUGACUUUUUGUUCUCGCUUUUCCCAGCGGGCUUGGUGCCGGCGCAACCGAGUGCUCCUGUGGCUGCGGUUGGGAUGCCGAACGUCACUGGGAAUGCAGGGGCGCCACAGGCAGGAAGCGGGAUGGCGGUCCCAGGAGUUAACAAUCCAUCGCUCGGACUAGCAUCAGCGACGAACGGUAACAUCACAGGCGCAGUCGGAGGUGCAAGUGGCACUGAGUUCAGCUACACCAUCGGUGGAGGCGCCGGUGCAACCCCACCGAACCGUAAUCUGAACCUACCCGUGGUAUCGGACCAGCUGUGGGAAGAAGUCGUGCCGCGUUCAGGCGAAGGGUGGGUAAGGCGCAUCUCCAAGCGAUCGCGUAAGAUGGCAAUAGCAGCUCGCACCUUACGUAGGCAGCGAAAGAAUGCUGGCGAAUCAUCUUCGGGGCCAAACGGCAGAAUGGCUGAAGUGAAGGACGCGCAAACAGAUGCGUUCGGAUGGCACAUGUUUGGAUCUGACGAUGAAGCCGAUCCGAAGGCGACAGCACCAAUCAACGGUCAUUCGCUGGAUGAGGAUAACGAAUCCCUGUACUCAUCGGACUCGGAAGUUGAAGCGACGCCGGACUCUGCUUCUAAUGCAGUAGCAUGCGCCGGAGGCUUGACAGGAACAGCGGUGACGAUGCAGCAAGGUGAUCAAGGAGAGGAUGACGAUGACGAAGAUGACGACCGACCGCUUGGCGCGCCAGCUUGGAGCAGCAGCAAUCGACCCGCUGCAGCCGCAUCCACCCCGAACGUCGUGCCGCCGGCAGCUGUGGCACCAUCGGUGGCGAAGAAAGAACACACGGUGCAGCUCAUCUUCCAAGGUCUGCAAUCGGAUGCGGACGAUACCGAGGGCGCGGAGGAUGGAUGGUCUGGUAUCGAAAGAGGCCGUCGUAUUGCGUUCCAGUAUGUUCAGAUGCUGCGUGCGGAGGGUAUCAUCUGA